AGACCUUCCUCAACCUUGGAGUAGCAGCUGCCAAGUGCUCGAUUCAAUCAAGGGAAGACAACUAACACCACCACACCAUGCUGCCGCAUAGAUUAGAUGCACUGCUAUGUCUUGGAGUAGUGCUCUUGCUUGCGGUAAUACUCUCUUCUGUUGAAGCAUUGCCGCCGCCUAGCAACAACUGUCAGAGAAAAUGCGGCGAAGUCGAUAUCCCAUAUCCAUUUGGCAUUGGGCCUUACGACUCGCCUGAUCACUGCUCUUUGCCCGGCUUCAACCUGAGCUGCACGGAAGUCGGCCAUGGAUCAUUCAGGCCAUUUCAUAAAGAUGUAGAGGUUCUGAAUAUCUCGCUGCAGCAAGGUCUUGCCCGGAUCAGGAUGGAUAUGUCGACUUAUUGCUACAACACCUCCACUAAGGAAAUGGAUUACCUAAACUGGCGGCUGAACCUGACAGGUACGCCCUAUAGAUUCUCAGAGACUGCUAACAUGUUUACGGUCGUUGGGUGCAGAACACUGGCAUACAUUGGAGAUGAGAAUAACAUCGGCAGGUACAUGAGCGGUUGUGUCUCCAUGUGCCGGCGAGGCGAUGUAAGAACACUUACUGAUGGCUCAUGCUCCGGAAUUGGCUGCUGCCAGACAGCCAUCCCCAAGGGUCUGCAGUACUACCAGGUGUGGUUCGAUGAAGGCUUCAACACGUCGGAGAUCUACAACACCAGCCGCUGCAGCUACGCGGCGCUGGUCGAGGCAUCCAAAUUCACAUUCUCCAAAAGCUACGCUACAUCAUCGGAGUUCUACGAUACUUAUUCUGGGCAGCCACCGUUGAUCGUGGACUGGGCUAUUGGGAACGGAACUUGCGAUGAAGCCCGGAACAAGCCUGAGUCAUAUGCAUGUGUCAGCAGUAGCAGUGAGUGCUUUAAUUCGGACAAUGGACAAGGCUACAUCUGCAACUGCACCAAAGGAUUCCAAGGCAAUCCGUACCUUGUUGACGGAUGCAAAGAUGUUGAUGAAUGUAAUAACAAUCUGGAGAAAUACCCUUGCUCUGUGAAGGGAACUUGCAAGAAUACUCAAGGAGGAUUUCAAUGCAUUUGUCCUCCGCAUUACCAAGGCAACGCAUACACUGGGACAUGUGAGAAGGACCAGUCAAUUCCUCUAAAAGUCACAAUUCCAAUAGGAAUUUUUGCCUGUGUUUUGCUUGGUCUAUUACUUUAUCUUGGUAAAGAAUGGAUCCAGCACAAACGACAAAUAAUAAGGCAAGAAUACAUAAGGAAGACUGAUGAAUGCUUUCAGCAGAAUGGAGGGCAAUUGCUAAUGGAUAUGAUGAAAGUAGAGAGCAACAAAACAUUUAAGUUGUAUAACCGAGAAGAAAUUGAGUUGGCCACCAACAACUUUGACAAAAGCUCAAUCAUUGGUGAAGGUGGUCAGGGAACUGUUUAUAUAGGGCAAAAUCUUGAUUUAGAAAAUAAUCCUGUUGCUAUCAAGAUCUGCAAGGGAUUUGAUGAGAAUAGGAGAAUGGAAUUUGGUAAGGAGCUUCUUAUACUUUCUCGAGUCAAACAUGAAAACAUCGUCCAGCUUCUAGGUUGCAGCUUGCAGUUUGAAGCUCCAGUUCUGGUGUAUGAAUAUGUUCCAAAUCAAACUCUACAACAUCUUAUUCAUACACAAGUUGAUCCGUCCAAAAGAACUCUAGAGGUCCGUCUUAAAAUUGCCUCUGAGAUUGCUGCAGCACUUGCAUACCUACAUUCUCUUAGCCACCCUGUCUUUCAUGGAGAUGUCAAGUCCGUUAAUAUUCUUCUAGGCCACGAUCUCUCUGCAAAAGUUUCUGAUUUUGGGUGCUCCAUGAUUAGGUCAGCUGAUGAAAAUGUUCAAGUAGUGAAGGGGACGAUGGGCUACUUAGAUCCAGAGUACCUUUUGAACUUUGAGCUUACUGAUAAGAGCGAUGUUUACAGCUUUGGUGUUGUUCUUUUGGAGCUCUUAACACGAAGGAGGGCACUGUCCAAAACAAAGGUAAGCCUCGUGUCUGUCUUCAUGGAAGGUGUGAAGGAGGGCAAGCUUACAGAACUCAUAGAUAGGGAGAUAGACAAUCAAGAAAACAUGGAGUUAAUACUUCAAGUGGCUGCGGUAGCAAGUCGGUGCUUGGCCAUGACCGGUCAACGCAGGCCAAUGAUGAGAGAGGUAGCAGAGGAACUCCAGCGAUUGGCACGUCCAGUACCACCUCGCACUCAAGGGUUUCAUGGUGUUAGUGCACUCAUGAUGCAGGGACGGUCGUCUGACAAUUCAUCGGGUGACUAUACUAGUGAAGAAAGCACAGAUUAUUACAUCCUCCAGAAGAAAGCCUCGAUGAGCAUAGAGUUUGCAAGAUGAAAUCAACAUGGACAGAUGACUGAAUUUGUUGAAGCACGUGAUAACUAGUAUAAUAAUGCCUUGGUCUUCCGGUGCUAAAAGUUAGUGAUAAAAAAUGAAGGACUAUAAAAGGGAAGCACAAGUUUCAUAACACAUGGAGCUUGAUAUUUGUUUCAAUUAAUUCACAGGAUUCUAGUACCAUUUUUAAUAGUCUGUAUAUGGUUUUCAUAAGGUUGCCACUUAUGCUUCUCUUAAAAGAUGCAAUGAAGUUAUUGUAUAGAAAAUUUGUACAUACUUUCUAUAGGAACUCAAGUUUCGUUGUAAUAACACUAUAACAGGAGCCAGCAAGAUGCCUAACACAUUUAGCAAUGCA